UGACACGCCCGGUCGCGCAGGCGCAGUGCUGCACGGACGUUCACAACGCGCAUGCGCUCCCCUGCGCUUCAGAUCGCCUUUAACUCAAACAGCGAGAGGAGCAACCCGAGUCUUUUAAAUUAGUCGCAUUCAGCUUCGCGAUACCGCCCCCAAUAUCAGUACCGGUACGGAGCCACCAGGCCGGGACAGAGACGGAGAGCGAGCCCUCGGCCAUGGAAGCGCUCGGACCCGGACCCCCUCCCGCCCCCAGCUCCCUGUUCCAGCCGCCCCGCAGGCCCGGAUUGGGUACGGUUGGGAAGCCGAUCCGCCUGCUGGCCAAUCACUUCCAGGUGCAGAUCCCGAAGAUCGACGUCUAUCACUAUGAGGUGGACAUCAAGCCGGAGAAGAGGCCGCGCCGGGUCAACAGGGAGGUGGUGGACACCAUGGUGCGGCACUUCAAGAUGCAGAUUUUCGGAGACACUCAGCCCGGGUACGACGGGAAGAAGAACAUGUACACGGCACAGCCGCUGCCUAUCGGCCGGGACAGGGUUGAUCUGGAGGUGACCCUGCCUGGCGAGGGGAAGGAUCAGACCUUCAAGGUGUCGAUCCAGUGGGUGUCAGUAGUGAGCCUGCAGAUGUUGCUGGAGGCACUGUCGGGGAACCUUGAGGUCCCGGAGGACUCUGUGCAGGCCCUCGACGUCAUCACCAGACACCUGCCGUCCAUGAGGUACACUCCAGUGGGGCGCUCCUUCUUCUCCCCUCCCGAGGGGUACUAUCACCCGCUGGGCGGGGGCAGGGAGGUGUGGUUUGGAUUCCACCAGUCCGUGCGGCCCGCCAUGUGGAAUAUGAUGCUGAACAUAGACGUGUCGGCGACGGCUUUCUACCGCGCCCAGCCCGUCAUCGAGUUCAUGUGUGAAGUGCUGGAUAUUCAGAACAUCAACGAGCAGACCAAGCCACUGACCGACUCUCAGCGCGUCAAGUUCACUAAAGAGAUCAGAGGCCUGAAGGUGGAGGUGACUCACUGUGGGCAGAUGAAGAGGAAAUACCGAGUGUGCAACGUGACCCGUCGGCCCGCCAGCCACCAGACGUUCCCUUUGCAGCUGGAGAACGGCCAGGCAAUGGAGUGCACGGUGGCUCAGUACUUCAAACAGAAGUACAGCCUGCAGCUCAAGUACCCGCACCUGCCCUGCCUGCAGGUGGGCCAGGAGCAGAAGCACACCUACCUGCCCCUGGAGGUGUGUAACAUCGUAGCGGGGCAGCGCUGUAUCAAGAAACUGACGGAUAAUCAGACUUCCACCAUGAUCAAAGCGACCGCGCGCUCUGCACCCGACAGGCAGGAGGAGAUCAGCAGGCUGGUGAAGAGUAACAGCAUGGUGGGCGGGCCAGACCCCUACCUGAAAGAGUUCGGCAUCGUGGUCCACAACGACAUGACCGAGGUGACAGGGCGGGUCCUCCCAGCGCCCAUGCUGCAGUACGGGGGCCGGGUGAGUACAGAGACUGGGAGGGACUGUGGCAGGAAUAAAACGGUGGCCACACCAAACCAGGGCGUGUGGGACAUGCGGGGGAAGCAGUUCUACGCUGGCAUCGAGAUCAAGGUGUGGGCUGUGGCCUGCUUCGCGCCGCAGAAACAGUGCAGAGAAGACCUGCUCAAGAGCUUCACUGACCAGCUGCGCAAGAUCUCCAAGGACGCGGGGAUGCCUAUCCAGGGCCAGCCCUGCUUCUGUAAAUAUGCGCAGGGUGCUGACAGCGUGGAGCCCAUGUUCAAGCACUUAAAGAUGUCCUACGUGGGCCUGCAGCUGAUCGUGGUGAUCCUGCCUGGAAAGACUCCAGUCUACGCGGAGGUGAAGCGUGUGGGAGACACUCUCCUGGGAAUGGCCACUCAGUGCGUUCAGGUGAAGAAUGUGGUGAAGACCUCCCCCCAGACCCUCUCCAACCUCUGCCUGAAAAUCAACGCCAAGCUGGGGGGCAUUAACAACGUCCUGGUCCCGCACCAGCGCCCCUCUGUGUUCCAGCAGCCCGUGAUCUUCCUGGGGGCGGACGUCACGCACCCCCCUGCUGGCGACGGGAAGAAGCCCUCGAUCGCAGCGGUGGUGGGCAGCAUGGACGGGCACCCCAGCCGCUACUGUGCCACGGUGAGGGUGCAGACGUCACGGCAGGACCUGUCCCAGGACCAGCUCUUCAGCCAGGAGGUGAUCCAGGACCUCACCAACAUGGUGCGGGAGCUGCUCAUCCAGUUCUACAAGUCGACCCGCUUCAAACCCACCAGGAUCAUCUACUACCGUGGGGGAGUGUCCGAGGGGCAGAUGAAACAGGUGGCCUGGCCGGAGCUGAUUGCCAUUCGGAAAGCCUGCAUCAGCCUGGAGGAGGACUACCGGCCCGGCAUCACCUACAUCGUGGUGCAGAAACGCCACCACACCCGGCUGUUCUGCAGUGACAAGAGCGAGAGGGUUGGGAAGAGUGGGAACGUUCCCGCUGGCACCACAGUGGACAGCACUAUCACCCACCCAUCUGAGUUUGACUUCUACUUGUGCAGCCACGCUGGGAUUCAGGGCACCAGCCGCCCCUCUCACUACCACGUGUUGUGGGAUGACAACUGCUUCACUGCGGACGAGCUGCAGCUCCUCACCUACCAGCUGUGCCACACGUACGUGCGCUGCACCCGCUCCGUCUCCAUCCCCGCGCCCGCUUACUACGCGAGGCUGGUGGCGUUCCGAGCGCGGUACCACCUGGUGGACAAGGACCACGACAGUGCCGAAGGCAGUCAUGUUUCUGGACAGAGUAAUGGCCGGGACCCCCUGGCCCUGGCGAAGGCUGUGCAGAUUCACUACGACACCCAGCACACCAUGUACUUCGCCUGAGACCUGCAGCUCAGCCCUCCGGCCAGCAGACGGCGCUGUCUCUCUAGCUCUCCAGCACACCACAGCAGUUUUGACGCCAGCAGACCUGGGCCCCCUGUCCAGUUCAAGCGGGCCGGGCCAUAUUUUUAAAUUUUUUUACAGACCGCUUCCUACCAGCAAUCCCAGGAUUCCACUGCGGCCGCACUGAGAGCCAGGUUCUAAUGCACGGGCACACACUGAGCCACUGGAUCUUUACUGGACACUGAUCUCCGAUCGGAAGCACUAGACAGGACGGACUUUCUCUUCACCGCUACCAGGAGUUUAUAUUUUUACCUCAAGGCGUGACGGACCCCCGGGUCCUGAGAUUUUAAACAAGGGUUUGCAUGAAAUGUUUUUAAUGUCGUCGUUGCGUAUUUCAAGUCUCUGCAUUUUUAAAAUGUCUUUGAACUCUUCCCUUUCUUUGUGUUUGUAAACGAGGUGUCCUUGGUGCGAGUUUCCCUUCCCUUUCUCUCCCAUGUUGUUGUGUGAGUGAUCGCGUGCGUGUGCGUGUGCGUGCGUGUGUGUUUUGAGUACAGACAUGUUAUUACGUCUGUUGCAGGACAGGCUACAGAAUCGUAAAGGGAAACGUAAGGAAUUGAACUGCUGUAAAUGCCUCAUGUGUUUUCUCUUUCUUUUAUAACUAAGACAAUUUUUCCAGGCUUCUUGAAGCCAGCGUUGUGUGUAGCAGUGUCUCUGUUCUGCCCUCGUACCCGAGCCCUUGGCAUUCUUUCAUUUGGGGUGGAUUGGGGGCACUUUCUCUGUUCUCAGGUCAGCCAAAAAUAUGGCAGGUCCAUAUAGCAGCCAUAUAGACUGUGCAGACGCAGCUUUUCAGCAUCCCAACAGCACUCUGGCUUCAUCCUCCGAGCGGAUUACUCAUUUAUACAGUCAGGCUUUUAAUGUGAUUUCAGUUGUCUGAUGGAUUGUGCAGCUUGGCUGGUGAGGGAUAGGGUCAGGGUGAGGGUGAGGGGUGAGGUGAGCGUUUGGGUUUGGGUUUGGGUGAGGGACUCGAGUCCUGUCUGCCCCAGGACUGUAUCUUAUGAUUUUCAGUUGGCUGGUGGAUUGUCUCCCAGCCUCAUUCUCCAGCUUUGUAAUCGCUGUUUCUUACAGGAGAUUGCCUCUUCAUUGCAGGAGCUUCACAGUUGAACUCUUUCAUUAGUUUGAUGUUUGUUGUUUAGUCUGUUCAUGACAUCUGUAACACAGGGCAUUGAGGAGAAGCACUCUGGGGCUAAUAAUACAAUUUAGCUUCUCCAUCUUUGAAGUAAAAUACCCCAAAUCUCUUCGGACUUCACUAGAACUGACGGGCCAGGCUGCUGUCGUGUGUGUGUGAGCGAGUGAUGGAGUAGCCAGAGCUGCUGUUGAGAGCUCAGCCCUCUUCAGCGGAGGGGCUCGCAGGCCAGGGAGAGUCAUGGAGAGAGCAGAGAGGACUAGAACACGGGCUGGGGCUGCAGCAUUCAAACCGAGGGCUUAGACUAGGGGGCAAGGACAAUCUGCAGGUUAGGGGCAACGAGUUCUUUAAUUUGAGACAAUGUAUAGUAUUUAUAUCAAAUAUAUGUAUAUACACAGUAUGUGUGUCUGUGGUGUGUUUGAAAUUAUUAUAACAUCCAGUAAAAAAAAAAAAAAAAAAAAGCUAAGCACUGCCCCACAGCAGCAGCAGUUACUGAGCGACGCAGCUGCAUGCUUUUAACAGGAGCGACUUCAUAUUCAACCACUGGAUAAUAAACCGUGUGUGAAGCUGCGGGUUUGAACUGGACCUGUGCGUGCGUGUGUGUGUGUGUGUGCGUGUGUGUGUGUGCGUGUGCUCGCGCACGCAGGAGAGUCACAGAGGCUCUGGUGGGGAUAUACAUGCAAUAAGGAGGAUUGUGGAUAAUUGAGAGUGAUUUCAGUAAAGGAUGAUCUAUUUAAAUAGGAAAGUGCUGCUGAAUUUGCAUCCAUUUCUCUCUUUUUUUGUGGAGAGCUGUUUGAAAAUGCAGUGCUCAGUCUAAAGGGUCGUUUAAAACCGGCAGAAAAUGGUGUAACAGCGACACCUUGUGGAUAAAGUUGGUUAGUACAAGUAAAUUCAGCAGCAGAGAAUUCUCCUGAUUUGAAAACUGCAAUACUCAAUGAAGCUGAAAGUAGCGAUAGAAUGGAGGGGGGGGGGGGGGGUCCAUUGUGGGCAAUACAACUUUUCCAGUUUUACAGAUUUUUAUCGUUGCGAAGCAAUAUUAAAGUAAAAUAAUGAAGCUAUAAUUCUUCUCUUGGGAGUGGCUGUUUAAAGGACUCUUGGGUUUUGUGCUGCAGUUGCUUGUUUUGCUCGUAUCAAUCAGUGGGAAAUGUGCAUUUUGUAGGAGUAGCUUGUAGGCUUUUCAGAACAAACUCUCUGCUCUCGCAUGCCACCAUUUUGUUACGUAAUAAGUUUUAAUCUCACUUUGUAAAUGUUUGUUUGUAGUUCACAACUGUUGUAGCCGAGCAAUACGAGAAGGUGCUGCAGUUCAGUGAUGCAAGGUGCAGCACAAAGGGCAGAUCCAGGAGCCAGCCACGGGAAGCUAUUCACUGUGGAAAAGCCAGCCUUUUACCAGAGCCAAACGAGGUACUUCAGACGCACUCUGUGACGCUGGGCUUAUUUUCUAUAAAACGUACGCUGGGUAGCUUCUUGUGGAGCAGUGGCUCCAGUUUCUGCCCGUGUUCCUUCCUGUUUCUUUGUGGCUGGCACCAAAUCUGAAACCCUUGACAGAGCCCUGCGCGGGGGAAGCCUCUGGCUGCAGAGCCCUGCGCGGGGGGAGCCUCUGGCUGCAGAGCCCUGCGAGGGGGGAGCCUCUGGCUGCAGAGCCCUGCGCGGGGGGAGCCUCUGGCUGCAGAGCCCUGCGCGGGGGGAGCCUCUGGCUGCAGAGCCCUGCGCGGGGGAAGCCUCUGGCUGCAGAGCCCUGCGCGGGGGGAGCCUCUGGCUGCAGAGCCCUGCGCGGGGGGAGCCUCUGGCUGCAGAGCCCUGCGGGGGGGAAGCCUCUGGCUGCAGAGCCCUGCGUGGGGGAAGCCUCUGACUGUAGAGGGCGUGUCACCUGGUCCACAAGUUUGUGCUGCAAAAGUUCCAAAUUCCACAAUCUUACUAUUAAAUGAGUUAGUUUGCUACAUAUUUGAUAAGUUUCUUGUAAUUGUAUUUGUUCCUAUGCUGAUGUUUUAGAUCUGUAUUGUUUCGUAGUGUUCUGAAUGGGUUUCUUUGUUUGACUGUGGCUGUGAGUGUGUGUCCAGUAGCAACAUGAGGGGCUCUCUGUCCCUGACCCGGUGGGAAGGCGUCACGCCCGCUCACUUCAACAAGGGGCCCACCAUUGCUGCAUUGCUAUGUGAAUCUCUGUGUUUUUUUCUCUUUUAUAGCCUGCAGGGAUUAUAUUUUAUUUGUGUUCAUGUGAAAAGUAAUAAAGUGGUAUUUUAUGCCUCGUGA